CAAAAAGAUGAGAAUAAGAAUGUGGCUACAUGCGACAUUUAUAUUAAUGAGCUAGAGUCACAAACAGAAUACAAUUACUUUAAGGAAUGGCUUUUAUCAUUUCCUUUAUAUCGUGGCAAGAAAACGGGUGAUAGUACUGAAGAUGAAAAUAGAAUUGUUGGAUAUUUUAAAGGAUCGGUAAAAGUAUACAGACUUCCAGUAGAUAAAGCAAUGGAGCCAGCAUUUGCUCCUACUUUACCUCUUAAUGAUCCAAUACACGUUUUAGUAAGAGUCUAUAUUGUGAAAGCAACAGACCUUCAUCCAAUGGAUUUAAAUGGAAAAGCUGAUCCUUAUGUCAUAUUACAACUUGGAAGUAAAAAAAUUUCAGAUAAGGAGAACUACGUGAGUAAACAGUUGAAUCCAGUCUUUGGUAAAUGCUUCGAAAUCGAAUGCUGUUUUCCCCAAGAUUCAAUGCUCACUGUUCAGAUAUUCGACUGGGAUUUAGUGGGAUCAGAUGACUUGAUAGGCGAAACAAGAAUUGAUUUAGAGAAUCGAUUUUAUAGCAAACAUCGAGCAACAUGUGGCUUAGCAAAAAAAUAUGAAGAUUCUGGAUACAAUCAAUGGAGGGAUCCAAUGAAGCCAACUCAAAUAUUAUUAAAACUAUGCAAAGAUAAUAAAUUGGAGAAUCCUCAUUACUUCCAAGACAGAGUAAUAAUUGGACGUUAUUGUAUGACCUUUACAAAAGAAGAAGUAAUAGCAUGGAAUAGUCCAACAACUUGCAAAUAUAGAGACGAACAUUUGGCUCUAGCCGUACUUCAUCGAUGGGAUGAAAUUCCAAGAGUCGGAUGUAAAAUUGUUCCAGAGCACAUCGAAGCACGUCCAUUAUAUAAUCCAGAUAAGCCUGGCAUUGAACAAGGAAAAAUUGAGUUAUGGGUUGAUAUGUUUCCGAUGGAUAUGCCACUACCUGGACCACCUGUUGAUAUUUCGCCACGUAAGCCGAAAUCUUAUGAAUUACGCAUUAUUGUAUGGAACACAGACGACGUUGUUUUAGAAGAUGAUGCGUUCUUUAGUGGUGAAAAAAUGUCAGAUAUAUAUGUAAAAGGAUGGUUAAAGGGACCACAAGAUGUGCAGUCAACAGAUAUUCAUUACCGUUCGUUAACAGGAGAAGGAAAUUUCAAUUGGCGUUUUAUAUUUCCAUUUGAGUAUCUUGCAGCUGAAGAGAGGAUUGUCUUGUCAAGAAAGGAAUCUCUAUUUAGUUGGGACGAAACGGAAGUGAAAAUUCCGGCAAGACUGGAGCUACAAGUGUGGGAUGCAGAUCAUUUUUCAGCUGACGACUUUUUGGGUGCAAUAUCAUUAAACCUUACACGUUUUCCACGUGGUGCAAAAUCAUCAAAAUUAUGUACAUUAGAUAUGCUCAAAACGGACAAUGUUCCAAUGAUUAAUAUUUUUAAACAGAAACGUGUAAGAGGAUGGUGGCCAUUUUUCAUUAAAAAGGAAAAUGAUGAAAUGGAAUUAACGGGUAAAGUAGAGGCAGAAUUUCAAUUACUUACAAAAGAAGAAGCCGAAAAGAAUCCAGCUGGUUAUGGCAGAAAUGAACCGGAUGGACUUGAAAAGCCAAAUCGUCCUGAUGCUUCAUUUAUGUGGUUCCUCAACCCUCUUAAGUCAAUACGCUACAUCAUAUGGCAUAAUUACAAAUGGAAGAUUCUCAAAGGACUUUUAUUUCUCUGCAUUACUUUUAUGAUACUGCUUUUCUUCUAUUCCAUACCAGGUUAUACGGUUAAGAAACUUCUUGGUGCAUAAAGAACUUAAAAACAAUGAUUGACGAAAAGUAAUUAAAAAAUCUUACACAAGAUAAUGAAAUUUUAUUCUAACGAAAUGAAAUAAAGUUUCGAAAAAGCGAAGAUAUAAUUAAAUUUCAUUUCCAUUACAAUCGCUUCCAUAUCUCUUAUGUUAUUAAGGAAAAGUCAAG